UCUUGCCCUCGUUGUUCUUCUCUGAUUUCUCCACAGCCACAGCAAGAGAGAGAGUUAAUGGAAGUUGUGAUGCAUUGAAAGCUCUCGGUGCAGAGGACGGAUUCUCCAUGUUCUCCAAUCAAUCGCAUUGCGCUGCAAUUUAGCGAGACAGAUUCAUUCCUGGCUCGAGAAGCAGAUUUAUCAUGAUUGAAAAGUGAAUGAUUGUGCUCUUGAAGUAAAGAAUCUUGAUAGAGGGAGCAACGAUGGCUUUCGAGCCAAUUGUUUGGUACUGUCAGCCAGUGGCUUACGGGGUGUGGGGGAAGGUUGUCCAAAAUGCCUUUGGCGUGUACACUCCAUGUGCACUCGACUCUCUGGUGUUGACUGUUUCUCAUCUGGUCCUUCUUGGCCUCUGCUUGUAUCGAGUAUGGCGGACGAAGAAGGACUUCGAAGUGAAGAGAUUCUGCUUGAGGUCCAAGUUGUACAAUUAUCUUUUGGGGGUGCUGGCUACCUACUGUACUGCGGAACCAUUAUUCAGACUGAUUAUGGGAAUUUCAGUGUUCGACUUAGAUGGACACAAAGGCCUAGCACCAUUUGAGAUUGUCUCCCUAGUGAUUCAAGCGCUUACUUGGUGCUCCAUGCUGGUCAUGAUUGGUUUGGAAACUAAAGUCUAUAUCAUUGAAUUUCGCUGGUUUGUGAGGUUUGGAGUCAUUUACGCCUUGAUAGGGGAUGCUGUGAUAUUCAACCUUAUUUUCUCUAUGAAGGAUUUCUACAACAGUUCUGUACUGUAUUUGUACAUCAGUGAGGUUGCUGUUCAGCUUUUGUUUGGGAUACUGAUGGUGUUUUCUAUGCCAACUUUGGAUCCUUAUCCUGGCUAUACCCCUGUGCGGACUGAAUCAGUCCAAGAAGCUGAAUAUGAAGAACUUCCUGGAUCAGAGCAGAUAUGUCCAGAGAGGCAUGUCAAUAUAUUUUCCAAAAUACUUUUUUCAUGGAUGGGUCCACUCAUGAAGCUAGGCUAUCGAAAACCUCUAACUGAGAAGGAUAUCUGGAAAUUAGACACAUGGGAUCAAACAGAAACACUGAACAGCAAGUUCCAGAGGUAUUGGGCAGAGGAAUCCCGGAGGCGCAAACCAUGGCUUGUAAGACCUUUGAAUAGGAGUUUGGGGGGAAGGUUCUGGUGGGGUGGAUUCUGGAAGAUUGGGAAUGAUGUUUCACAAUUUGUGGGGCCACUAAUCCUGAACAGCCUUCUACAGUCUAUGCAACGUGGGGAUCCAGCUUGGAUAGGUUACAUAUACGCAUUUCUAAUAUUUGUUGGCGUGGUGGGGGGCGUGUUGUGUGAAGCUCAGUAUUUUCAAAAUGUCAUGCGUGUUGGUUACCGCAUGAGAUCUACUUUGGUUGCUGCUGUCUUCCGCAAAUCCUUGAGGCUAACUCAUGAGGCUCGAAAAAAGUUUGCAUCUGGAAAAAUCACCAACUUGAUGACCACUGAUGCUGAAGCACUUCAGCAAGUGUGUCAAUCCCUCCAUACUCUGUGGUCAGCUCCGUUUCGUAUAAUUGUAGCAAUGGUACUUCUCUACCGGCAACUUGGGGUUGCUUCACUGCUCGGUGCUCUCAUGCUUGUUCUUUUAUUCCCAAUACAGACUGUUGUUAUAAGCAGAAUGCAGAAAUUAUCCAAGGAGGGGCUGCAACGAACAGACAAGAGAAUUGGCCUCAUGAAUGAAAUUUUGGCUGCAAUGGACACUGUGAAAUGUUAUGCAUGGGAGAGUAGUUUCCAAGCCAAAGUUCAAAGCGUUCGGGCUGAUGAAUUGUCAUGGUUCCGAAAGGCUCAAACAUUAGGAGCGUUAAACAUGUUCAUACUGAAUAGCAUUCCAGUUGUGGUGACUGUUAUUUCUUUUGGAAUGUUCACUUUGCUUGGCGGAGAUCUGACACCAGCAAGGGCAUUUACAUCUCUUUCUCUCUUUGCUGUUCUCCGGUUCCCACUGUUCAUGCUCCCCAAUAUAAUAACUCAGACUGUAAAUGCAAAUGUAUCCUUGAAGCGACUGGAGGAGCUUCUGUUAGCUGAGGAAAGAAUUCUUUUGCCUAAUCCACCUGUUGAUCCCGGACUGCCAGCGAUAACCAUCAAGAAUGGAAACUUUUCUUGGGAUGCGAAGGCAGAGAGGCCCACGCUGUCAGAUAUAAACUUGGAUGUUCCAGUAGGCAAUUUGGUUGCGAUUGUUGGUAGUACUGGAGAAGGAAAGACAUCCUUGAUAUCAGCAAUGCUUGGGGAGCUUCCCGCAAUUGGAGAUGCAAAUGUGGUUACUAGAGGAACAGUUGCUUAUGUUCCUCAGGUUUCGUGGAUUUUUAAUGCAACUGUACGUGACAACAUUUUAUUUGGAUCUCCUUUUGAAUCGAGAAGAUACGAGAAGGCAAUAGAUGUGACUGCAUUGCGGCAUGACCUUGACUUGCUACCUGGUGGUGAUCUAACUGAGAUAGGUGAAAGAGGGGUGAAUAUAAGUGGUGGACAAAAGCAGAGAGUUUCUAUGGCACGGGCUGUUUACUCAAAUUCAGAUGUCUACAUAUUUGAUGACCCACUAAGUGCUCUAGAUGCACAUGUUGCUCGACAGGUAUUUGAUAAGUGCAUCAAGGGAGAACUAAGCAAGAAAACCAGAGUGCUUGUCACAAAUCAGCUUCAUUUUCUAUCACAAGUGGAUAGGAUAAUCCUGGUACAUGACGGUAAGGUGGAAGAGGAAGGAACAUUUGACGAGCUCUCUCGCAGCGGCAAGCGAUUUCAAAAGUUGAUGGAGAAUGCGGGUAAAAUGGAGGAAUAUGUGGAGGAGAAGGAAAAUAGUGAUUCAGUUGAUGAGAAGAGUUCGUCAAAACCUGUUGUAAAUGGGGUUGCUAAUGAUGUACCCAACAACUCAAGCAACCCAAGCAAGAAGGAAACCAAAUCAGUGCUUAUUAAGCAGGAAGAAAGGGAAACAGGUGUUGUAAGUCUGAAAGUUUUGGCUAGAUAUAAAAAUGCAUUGGGAGGCAUGUGGGUGGUUAUGAUCCUCCUUUCAUGUUAUAUCCUUACUGAAGUUUUAAGAGUUUCAAGCAGCACAUGGUUGAGUUAUUGGACAGAUCAAGGUACCCAAGCGAGUUACAACCCGGGCUUCUACAAUCUGAUAUAUGCACUGCUAUCAUUUGGUCAGGUUUUAGUGGCUCUGGCAAAUUCAUACUGGUUGAUCAUUUCAAGUCUGUAUGCAGCAAAAAGAUUGCAUGAUGCUAUGCUUAAUUCUAUCUUUAGAGCUCCAAUGGUUUUCUUUCACACGAAUCCUCUUGGCCGUAUCAUUAAUCGGUUUGCCAAGGAUCUUGGAGACAUUGAUCGCCUCGUCGCCCAAAUGCUUAAUAUGUUUCUGGGUAUGGUGUCGCAGCUUCUUUCUACAUUUGUUUUGAUAGGGAUUGUGAGUACAAUGUCCCUGUGGGCUAUAAUGCCACUUCUGGUCUUGUUCUAUGGAGCCUAUUUGUACUAUCAGAGUACAGCUCGUGAAGUGAAACGUUUAGAUUCCAUAACAAGGUCCCCUGUUUAUGCACAAUUUGGAGAAGCGCUGAAUGGUCUAUCGACUAUCCGUGCAUACAAAGCUUAUGAACGCAUGGCCGAAAUAAAUGGAAAAUCCAUGGACAACAACAUUAGAUUUACUCUUGUGAACAUGAGUGGAAACCGUUGGCUUGCAAUUCGUCUCGAAACUUUGGGUGGCCUUAUGAUAUGGUUUACAGCAACAUUUGCGGUCAUGCAAAAUGGAAGAGCAGAGAAUCAGCAGGCAUUUGCAUCCUCCAUGGGUCUCCUUCUUAGUUAUGCCUUAAACAUCACAGGAUUGUUGACUGGAGUACUGAGGCUUGCAAGUCUUGCUGAGAAUAGUUUAAAUGCUGUUGAGAGGGUAGGCACAUAUGUAGAUUUGCGUUCAGAGGCUCCACCUAUUGUUGAGAACAACCGCCCACCUCCGGGUUGGCCAUCAUCUGGAUCCAUAAAGUUUGAGGAUGUUGUCCUACGUUACCGCCCAGAACUUCCUCCAGUACUGCAUGGGCUAUCUUUCUCUGUUCAUCCAAGCGCCAAGGUUGGAAUAGUCGGAAGAACUGGUGCAGGGAAAUCUAGCAUGAUUAACGCUUUGUUUAGGAUUGUUGAGCUAGAAAGAGGAAGAAUCUUGAUUGAUGAUUAUGACGUUGGAAAGUUUGGGCUGAUGGAUUUACGCAAAGUUCUCGGUAUAAUACCACAGUCACCUGUGCUCUUUUCAGGAAGCGUGAGAUUCAAUCUUGAUCCUUUCAAUGAACAUAAUGAUGCUGACCUUUGGGAGGCUUUGGAGAGGGCACAUUUGAAGGAUGUCAUCCGUAGAAACUCUUUAGGCCUUGAUGCGGAGGUUUCAGAAGCUGGAGAGAAUUUCAGUGUUGGACAAAGGCAGCUUUUAAGUCUUGCUCGAGCGUUGUUGCGAAGAUCAAAGAUACUGGUCCUCGAUGAAGCAACAGCAGCUGUUGAUGUUAGAACGGAUGCUUUAAUCCAGAAAACUAUCAGAGAGGAGUUUAAAUCAUGUACAAUGCUCAUCAUCGCUCAUCGGCUAAAUACCAUAAUUGAUUGCGACCAGAUCCUUCUCCUUGAUUCUGGCCGGGUUUUGGAAUAUGAUUCUCCUGAGGAAUUGCUGUCUAGAGAAGGAAGCGCCUUCUCUAAGAUGGUACAAAGUACCGGGGAAGCUAAUGCUCAGUAUUUACGCAAGUUAGUUGAGGAAAGCAGAUCUGACAGAGAAGAGAACAAGCGGUUGGAUGGACAAAGGAGAUGGCUCGCUUCAUCACGUUGGAACGAUGCUGCUAAGUUUGCUCUGGCUGUCAGUCUCACUUCUUCGCAAAAUGAUCUUCAAAAGUUGGAAAUCGAGGAUGACAACAACAUCCUGAAGGCGACCAAGGACGCGGUCAUAACUCUGCGGGGAGUUUUGGAAGGGAAGCAUGAUCAAAUAAUCGAGGAAUCGCUAAAUCAGUAUCAGAUCUCUAGCGAGGGCUGGUGGUCGGCUCUCUAUCGAAUGGUUGAAGGUCUUGCCAUGAUGAGCAGGUUGUCGAGAAACAGACUCCACCGAUCAGAAUACGGUUUUGAAGACGGAAGGUUCGACUGGGACCAAGUUGAGAUGUAGAGAACAGCAUGCCUCUGUACUUGUAUUUUCAAGUAGUGCCUAUUUGUCAAAAAAAGACCUGAAUUAUGAGAUGGUCAUGGCAGCAAAACGCCCGGACCUCUUCUUUUGUAGGUUACUGUGGCCUAGGAUCAACAUAACUACUGCUGGUCUUUGAAAAUACGAAGAAGACAAUUGAAGUACUCGGAACUGUAACUAUUUUGACACGGUUUUCGUCUGGAUUGGAGUGUACUUCUGUUUCCGAAUUUUUUUCUCACUCGGUGUUGGCUGAGAAACAGCCCGAUUCUUGUAGUUGUGGCUCUGGUCUUGUCAAAUUAAGGCAAUAAAAGAUAUGGUCUUGCAUUCUUCA